AUGGCUUCGCCAACUCACACCAACGACCACCGCGACUAUGUCGAUCCGACGUCCAUCAAGGCGCAGCUCGACGACUGGCACGCUGAUCGUGGUGGCAAAUCGUUUGCUGCUGCCAUGAUCCCGACCUGGAGCCACCACAACAACACCGAGGACAAGGUCAUUCACAACCCUUUCAAGCUGCUCGCACUGGUCAAGGGCAUGGACUGGCUCUACUUCUUCAGCGGAUGGUUCGCAUGGACCUGCGAUGGCUUUGACUACUUUGCCGUGUCGGUCACCAUGUCAGAGCUCGCGGCACAGUUUGGCAAGACGACGGCCCAAAUUGCAGAGGCCAUCACCCUCACUCUUCUCUUUAGGUCUCUCGGCGCCGUCAUAUUUGGCAUUGCGGCCGACCGCUAUGGCCGCAAGUGGACCCUCGUUAUCAACCUCAUUCUCAUCUGCGUCUUUGAAAUUGGCUCUGGUCUCUGCAACACGUACGAGCAGUUCCUCGGCGUCCGUGCAAUGUUCGGCAUCGUCAUGGGUGGGAUCUGGGGGCAGGCUGCUUCGACUGCUCUGGAGAACAUUCCCGUUCAGGCGCGUGGCCUCUGCUCCGGUAUGCUGCAGCAGGGUUACUCUGUCGGCUACCUCCUCGCUGCUGUCUUCAACCUCACCGUGGCCACGUACGCCAAGGCCAGGUGGCGCUCAGUCUACUUUGUCGGCGCUGGUUUCUCUGCCUUUGCCGCCCUUAUCCGUGCGCUCCUCCCCGAGUCUCGCCAGUACAUCGAGGCUCGCCGCAUUCUCAAGGAAGAAGGCGCUACCAAGGGUGCCAACAAGCGUUUCUUUAGGGAGAUUGGCAACAUGCUCAAGACCAACUGGAUCCGUUGCAUCUGGGGUAUUUGCGUCAUGACCGGCUUCAACUUCCUGUCCCACGGCUCCCAAGACUUGUACCCUACCUACCUCAAGACCACCAAGGGUCUCUCUGCCGCGCUUGCAACCAAGGCCACCAUUCUCUCCAACGUCGGCGCCGUCUGCGGAGGCACAAUCUCGGGCUACAUGUCCCAGUACUGUGGCCGCCGCCUCACCGCUCUCAUCUUCCUCGUCAUCACCGCGGUUUUCCUCCCGCUCUGGAUUCUCCCUACCACCUUUAGCGGUCUCUCGGCUGGUGGCUUCUGGGUCCAGUUCGGAGUCCAGGGUGCGUGGGGUAUCGUCCCCAUCUAUCUCAGCGAAAUCUCCCCGCCAGCAUUCCGCGCCUCGUUCGCCGGUGUCGCCUACCAGCUCGGUAACAUGGCGUCGUCUGGCGCCGCUCAGAUUGAGGCCGACGCAGGCGAGACCCUCACCGUCGUGCACAAGGGCAAGGUCAUCCCGGACUACGCCACGAUCACGGGUAUCCUCAUUGGCGUGGUCAUUGCCUGGCUCUUCGUGUUCAUCAUCCUCGGCCCCGAGGCGGACGGAUCCCACUUUGAGACGGCCAAGAUUGCCAUCGAGGAGAACGCUGGUCUCGAGCAGCGUCACGAGCUCAUGCACGCCCAACACCACGACACCCAGGCUGCCGAGUACACUGGCAAGGAAGAGUCGAACCAGGUCGAGAGCACAGCCAAGCCUGUGCUCAACGCCUAA